AUGAAAGAAAUUAACAUAAACAUUGAAGGAUAUAAUGAAAGUGGUAUUUGUGUGGGCUGUUUGAAUUAUAACCGCACAAUGUUUUAUGAUAAAAAUGUAAAAGAGUGUUUUAAAAUGUUAGCCGACAUUGAAGUACCAGAUGGCCUUUCUAUUAGAGUGUGCUGGGAGUGCCAUGCAUAUAUACAAAGUGUUAUGAAAUUUAGGGAAAAAGUACUUAGAUCUUACAAAGUACUUAGUGAAUAUUCUGAAACACAUACCUUUUUAAAUAGCCCUGAAGAUUUAUCAAAGCAUGCUACUCAGAGACUAUCAAGCCAUAUAUACUUAGAUGAUGUUGAAAUUAAGGUAGAAAAUACGCCAGAUGUGGAAGUCAUAAAGGAAGAAGUAAGUGAAUGUACGGACAAAAUAGAAAUUGAAAUACCAGAUAUUGAAGUAAAAACAGAAGAUGAACACAUUGAAGAAGAUAUAAGUAUGGAUUAUUAUGAAGAAAUACAACGUGACAGUGAAUCUGACGACAUAGCGCUGUCCAAACUAAAGACUGAGAAAGAUGUGCAAAAGAAGAAGAAAAAGAAGAAAAAAGACAGACAAAGAAGUAAGGACGAUGUAAAGAAAGAGAUGAAAGAUAGAAAAAAUCGGAGAUUAUUGAAUUUACCGGAAAAACUAGUGGAACUUUACACAAUGAGUGAAGAGGAGAUGUGGAGUGUGAGAGAGAGAGAUGUAUCUAGCGAAGAGUUUCAAAAACUCAAAUAUAGAUGUGAUUUGUGCAUUAUUAGCUUUAAUACGAAAAAACUAAAGGAGUUUCAUGAUAAUGGCAAGCAUUUUUCAAAAACAGACAAUGACUAUACCUGUGAUGUGUGUAAAGCACAUUUUUUGGCGAAAGAAAAUAUUAAAUUUCAUAGAAAACUACACCUUUCUGCUUUCAAAUGUCGAGAAUGUAAUUUAAUUACUACAUUAAAAAGGAUAAUGUUAGGGCAUGACUGCGCUAAGAAAGUGCCCGCGUACACGUGUCCCGAUUGUCCCGAUAAAAAGUUUAGCACUAGAUCUAAGUUAUCCUACCAUAGAACGGUGUCACAUCAAGAGAAGCCUCAGUGCGACUGCUGCGGGAAGAUAUUUGCCAAUAAAAUAACAUUGAAAUAUCAUUUGAAACUACUGCCAAAUAACAAGGAUGAAAAGCCGAAAGAGAACCUAUUCAUUCCAUGCAAAGGGUGCAACAAAGUGUUUCAUUCGAAGAAGAGUUAUAGGGCACAUGCCGUAAUACACGAAGGUGUAAGCUAUCCAUGCCCAAUAUGUGGUAAACUCUUCCAAUGGAAGAGGAACCUCGCGCGACACACGCGGAACCACAGGGAGAGGGAGAACGGUGCGCUCUACCAGUGUAGGGAGUGCGGAAAGAGUUUCUCGAGUAGAGACUGCUUCAAUAACCACAUGAAGUUGAGUAAGAAACACGUACACGAGGACAGUUAUAUACAUAUAUGCAAUUUCUGUGGCAAAAAGUUCGCGACGAAAUGGUGUAUGAUCGACCACAUCGACUGGGAUCAUCUCAAGCGGAUCAAAUAUCAGUGUAGUGUUUGUUUUAAGGCAUUCAAAACGGCUAAAAUAAUGGUAGCUCACAUGAACAAUAUACACGAAGGUAAAAACAAGAAGGAGCCAGACGGAGAACAUUUGUGCGAGAUUUGCGGGAAAUCAUAUAAAACAGUAAAACGGUUAAAAGGCCACGUAUGGGCAAUGCAUACAAAGAGAUCGAAUACAAAGAGUUUUAAAUGCUCACUUUGUCCCGCGACUUUCUCCUGGCAGACCUCCAUUUAUAAACAUAUGAAAAUGAUGCAUUUUAGUAAACGGGCUAAGCAAACGCGGGUACAGGUUAAAAAGCCCGAGCCCUACACACACGUGGAAGUGAACAGAAUACAAUACUUCCCGCCGAUGCCUAACACGCUACAAACCCCUCCAAUAAACCCGCUAAUAAAUAUCAAUAUUACAGAUAUAGAC